UUACGUAAGACGUCAUAUAAAGCCUGCCUUCAGCGGCUCCGCCCUCCAGUCGCAGGUUGUUGUGUAUCACUGCGCUGAAGUCGGUCACAGCCAGACAAACAGUGGAAAUGGGGGUGAAAAUUGAUGUGGAAUACUGCGGUAGAUGAGGGUACGAACCCCGCUAUCAGGAUCUCGCCUCAACCGUCAAGGAUGAGUUUCCCGAAGCGGAAGUGUCAGGCUUCGUGGGAAGAAGCGGCAGCUUUGAAAUCCAAAUAAAUGGGCAGCUGGUCUUCUCCAAGCUUGAGCUGGGAGGAUUCCCAUAUGAGGAUGACGUCCUGAAUGCAGUCCAGAAUGCACACGAUGGAAAACCUGUGCAGAAGAUCACUAAAAGCCGGGCGCCGUGUGUCAUCAUGUAAAUCUCAGCUGCCUCGUUAAAGGCUCCUCGAGGGCAUUUCACCCAAAAUCUCUUGGGAUGCAGCUGUUUUCUUACUGAUGGUCUGUUUCCAUCCUCCUCUGCCUUGUGGCUCCUCUCUCUGCUCCCACCGGGUCCUUCAGACUAUUGAUGAUUACUUUAUCCCAAAAUCUUACAGGGAAUAGUAUGAUGUACUCAGUCCAGGACUUUAUAGGGGACAGAGAAAGGGAGAACUUGUUGCAAACAGUUGGAUGUGACGUGCUUUUAUUUUGAAAAUUUGUUCCAUUGCUCUUGUAUACGUGUACAUUUCUGAAGUACAAAUUAGUUGCGUGAGGUUAUUUCACUCAAAAUUAAAAGAAUUCGUCUUUUCCGAAUAAACGGACACAAAAAUUAAGGGAACUCUACCAAGUCUGCUUCAGCUUUAUAUUUAAAUUGAAAAUCUCUAGCUCCAGUUUGUUGAGCUUACACAAUUUGUCAAACUCUUAUUCUGAAAGUUGUUUCAAGUGCUUUGUUCAAAUAUCAAUGCAGAUUUGUCAAUAAAGGCAAUGGUUCUAUCAGAGCUGCC